CUCUCUCUCUCUCUCUCUCCCCCUCCAAUUAACAAGUAUUCUCUCUGCAACAACUCCCUGGAUCUGAAAACUGGAGAUUAUGAAUAUGGCUUCUUCUUCUUCUUCUUCUUCUUCUUCUUCAUCCGCUGCUACUCCUGCUGAUGCUGCUGUUACAAAAAAGUACGAUGUGUUUAUUAGUUUCAGAGGUGAGGACACCCGCCGUACUUUUACCAGCCAUCUUCACGCUGCCUUGCUUGAGAAAAAAAUCACAACCUACGUUGAUGACAAGCUUAAGAGAGGAGAUGAAAUCGCACCUGCCCUUCUCAAAGCAAUCGAAAAAUCACGGCUUUCGGUGAUCAUUUUCUCAAAAAACUACGCUUCUUCCCCGUGGUGUUUGGAUGAGCUUGUGCAUAUCCUAGAAUGCAAGGAAAACCAUGGCCAGUUGGUUAUACCCAUUUUUUACGACAUCCUUCCAUCGGAUGUACGAAAACAACGGGGGAGUUAUGCACUUGAUCUACUUGAACAACGUUUCGGGAACAGUAUCGGCAAGGUGCGCAAGUGGAUGGAUGCUUUGACAAAUGCAGCAAAUACAUCUGGCUUUGGUUCAAAAAAUUAUGGUAUCGGCAAGGUGCGCAAGUGGAGGGAUGCUUUGACAAAUGCAGCAAAUACAUCUGGCUUUGAUUCAAAAAAUUAUGGGACGGAUGCUGAUUUGGUUAAGAAAGUUGUAGAGGAUAUUUUGACCAAAUUGUGUCAUGAAUCAUCAUGCGAUUUACAGGGCCUAGUUGGAAUUGAAAGCCGCAUCGAGCAAAUUGAAUCGCUAUUAGACAUUCAUUCACAGGACGCUUGCAUCAGUGUUGGUAUUUGGGGAAUGGGUGGUAUGGGAAAGACCACCCUUGCUGAAGCCGUGUUUAACAAACUCUCUUCUAAAUUCGAAGCAUGUUGUUUUCUUAGAAAUGUUAGGGAGAGAGAACAAAAGGAUGGGUUACAACACUUGCAAAAUACACUUCUCAGUCAGAUAUUAAAGGAAGAAGGUCUAUCCAUAGGAUCAACUUUUGUUCGAGAUAGGCUUAGCCGUACAAACGUCCUCAUUGUUCUUGAUGAUGUGAGUGAUUCAAUGCAAAUGGAAGGUUUAGUUGGCAAUCGUAUUCGGUUUGGUAAUGGAAGUAGAAUCAUUAUCACAAGUAGAAACAGAGGCACACUUAGGCAAACUGUUGAAGAGGGUAAAAUCUAUGAGGUUGGGAGAUUAAAACCGGAUGACGCUCUUCAGCUCUUUUGUUCGCGUGCUUUCAAGAAUUCUCGUAUAAUAGAUUAUAAGGGGUUGGCAGAAAAGGCGAUGCAUUAUGCCGGAGGCAUUCCUUUAGCUCUUAUACUUCUGGGGUCCUCAUUCCUAAAUUGCAAGAGCAAAGAAGACCUGGAAGCUGAAUUGGACAAAUUGAAACAAUUUCCCAAUGAAAAUAUCCAGAGAGUGUUGAGAUUAAGUUAUGAUGGAUUGGGAAGAAAUGAGAAGGAGAUAUUUUUGGAUAUAGCAUGUUUUCAUAAAGGGCAUGGUGUGGAUGAGGUAAAACAAUUGUUAGAUGUUCGUGGAUUCUAUGCAACGGUCGGAAUUAGAAUUCUCAUUGAUAUGUCUUUCAUAUCAAUUGGUUCAAGAUGGGAACGGGAAACCAUCGAGAUGCAUGAUCUGCUUGAAGAAAUGGGAAGGACAAUUGUUCAAGAACAAUGCAUUGAAGAUUCCGGUAAGCGGAGUAGAUUGUUCAAUGAUGAGGAUGUUUAUCAUGUUUUGAAAAGUAACACGGAAACUUCAAAUGUUGAAGCCAUAUUCCUUACUUCGUAUAACAUUGCAGAGCUACCAUUGAAACGUGUAGACUUCAAAGUGAUGUCUAACCUGAGAUUGCUAGUUGUGUAUGGUGGCUACAAAUUCAACGCUUCUAUAGACCUUCCCAAUUCUCUUCGUUAUCUUGAGUGGUGGGGAUAUCCAUUGGAAUAUUUGCCGUCAAAUUUUUCUCCGGAAAAUCUAGUUGAGCUUCAUAUGCCCAAUAGCAAAGUUAAGAAGCUUUGGAAAGAAGAGAAGAGACUUGUGAACUUACAAGUGAUCGAUCUGCAUGACUCUACAAAUCUAACUGAAGUUCCAAAUCUCUCUGGGAGUCUAAACAUUGUGAACAUAAAUCUCUCUGGCUGUGAAAGUUUGGUUGAAAUUCCUGGGUGUUUUCAACAUCUUGACAAGCUUACUCAUCUUCAUCUUAGAUUCUGCACCAGUCUCAAGUAUCUUCCAAAGAUGCCAAGAAAUAUUAAAUACUUGGAUUUACAUUACGCUGGUAUAAAGGAGUUGCCUGAAUCACAACAUCUCCACAAGCUUACUCAUCUUGAUCUUGCAUGCUGCAUGAAUCUCAAGUAUCUUCCAGAGAUGCCAGGAAAUAUUGAAUACUUAGAUUUACAUUUCAGUGGUAUAGAGGAGUUGCCUGAAUCAGUGUGGUCUAACGAAAACAUUUCUUACUUGGAUAUAAGAGACUGCUAUCGCCUUGAGAAGAAUGGCAAGUUCAAUCAAGCAGCUUCAAUCUUAAUGUAAUGUUGAAGCUGAAGGCUGCACGGCGCUGAAGAGAGUGGCAAGUUAAAGAAAUAAGACCGACAAAUAGGCAAGGCUCUUACCAUUUUAGUAUUGUUUUUACAUUAUAAAGCGCAAUGUUGUGGACAAAGUGUGCAAUAUCAUAUUUCUCAUCUUUAAUCAAGUCCAACGGCAUCUUGAAAUU